UGAGGAUACAAUCACUUUCAUAUAACUAGAAUAAUGCAAGAAAAUAAAGAACGAUUUCCACAGUAAGGUAGGGAUGGGGCUUCUUGGUAACCUCCGCCACAGAGAAUAGUUUUACCUGAAUGUCUAGAUGACUCUAGUUGUGUCUGAACAUUUCCAAGAGAUCGCAUUGUUCUCUGCUUGCAUGCUACUAGCUAUUCAUAGUCACCCACACACACUUGUAUAUGUUGAAUGGAGAUAGGACUGAUAACUCCGGUUCAGCAUGUCCAGAGGCUAAGGCCGAUAUGUCCACUAGCUGGCAGGCAUAUUUGGUCGCUGGUCUGUACGCUCACUGUCUGUAUAUGAAUAGGGUCAAUCUACUGCAUAUUUUGAGCAGAACUGCAUGGAAUACCUGUCAUAUCUUAACCAAGAACAGCCAUGGCUGGAGGAUAUGCUAAAGACCAGCCUGAUGGUUUUCACCAACCGCAUUGAAAAGGUGUCCGGGUUGCCCGCGUAGACUACAGCAGUGACGAGAACGCGGCACUAGUAGAGGUUCUUUGGGGACAGUAGGUGUAAUCAUCACCAUGUCCAUAGUAGCACAUGACCUUAUCACAAAGCUCCAAGCUCGUGCGUGCAGCCGCCAAAGCCGGCAUACCAUACAUCCUGCUCAACUGGUUCGGUCACAACGCCGCAAAUGAUCUGCUGUGCAAUGAUAGCUUACUUAGCCACAGUCGCAAUAGCAUCUGCAUGCUGAGGUUGAGAAACUUGGCAUAAGCUCGCACCUGAUGUUGGUCUGCAACUUCUGGUACGAGUUUAGCCUGGGUGGCGGUCCGGAUCGCUACGGGUUUGAUUCCAAGAAGCGCUCCUUGGCCUUGUUCGAUCACAGUAUCACGGUAAUGAGGCUAUCAACACCAGCACUUGGCCUCAGCGCGGCCGAGUCAUUGCCAAUCUAUUGAGCCUGAAAGAGUUCCCAGAGGACGAGGAGGACCAGCAGCCCUGUGUCGCAGUUCCGUGGCAGCUCGAUGUACAUACCGAACUUCUCACUUAGCCAGCGUGAUAUGUUUUGAGAGUGUCAAAACGCAUCACGGCAAUACCAAUGCGGAUUGGACGACCAUGCAUGAGUCCGCUGAACAGCGCUGGGAGCAUGGCCAGGCUGCCUUGAAGAAGGGCAAAAUGGCGGCUUUCACAAAGAUGAUGUACAGCCGUGUGUUCUUCACAAAUGGCGAUGGCGACUACCAGUCCCGCCGAGAACUCCACAACGGCUUGCCUGGCCUGUCCAUUGAAGACCUGGAUGACUCCACAGCCAUUGCCGUCCGCAUGAAGAGAACGAGGAGCCACCAUCACAUUAGAAGAAGGGUGUACUUUUAGAGAGCAUCCUGUAGGUAUCCCUUCUCUGGCGGGAAUCUUAGAAUUCAGAUGCUGUCUCGUGGCAGUGGCUUUCCUUGAAAUGCACUCCGUAAUAAGGACCCCAGCAGGUCGAUGGCGAAUGCAGAACAAGUUUGACCAAAUGGGUCUCAGGAAGCGGGAAACCGGGCUAUGCCAAUGGUCCCUGUUUAAGAAAUUGAUGUUGGCCUCGUUGUAAUUAGCCUGUAGAUCGCCAGCUGCAGAUGUACCUGCAGGCAGUGCUCGCUCAGUGCUCUUGGGGAGUUUGUCGACGCAGCAGAAAGGGCGGAGUCAGCUGACUUCUCUCGCUGCGCCUCAGUCUCAGCCACGAGAACUAUUGAAACAUCGAGGCAACGCUGUUUCUGCUUUCAGUUUCUGCAG